CAACGGUUGCAUUUGUUCCUUCUCCUACAAGGUGAGUAGCACAUCCAAAAUCCACAAAGAAAGAAAUUUACAAACCCUAACUUCACAAAUUGAAAAGGCGAUUCAUCAAUCAAAGGAUAAAAAAUCCCCAAAUCGAAGGACUCAAUCACCAGAUCAUUUCAAAAUGGGAAACGCAGAGAAAUUAAUGAAUCAGAUAAUGGAGUUGAAGUUCACAUCAAAAAGCCUUCAACGGCAAGCUCGAAAAUGCGAGAAGGAUGAAAAGGCUGAGAAACUCAAAGUCAAGAAAGCAAUCGAGAAAGGAAACAUGGAUGGCGCUAGAAUUUACGCCGAAAACGCUAUCCGUAAACGCAGCGAACAGAUGAAUUAUCUCCGUCUUUCCUCUCGACUUGACGCCGUUGUAGCUCGUCUAGAUACUCAGGCGAAGAUGACGAUGAUCAGCAAGUCAAUGUCCUCGAUCGUCAAAUCACUGGAAUCUUCACUCAACACAGGGAAUCUACAGAAGAUGUCGGAGACGAUGGAUUCAUUCGAGCGUCAAUUUGUGAAUAUGGAGGUUCAAGCUGAGUUUAUGGAGAGUUCUAUGGCUGGAAGUACUUCCCUGUCGACUCCAGAGGACCAGGUUGGCAGCCUGAUGCAGCAAGUGGCCGAUGACUAUGGACUCGAGGUGUCGGUGGGGCUUCCUCAACCAGCCGCGCAUGCUAUAUCUUCUAAGAAUGAGGAGAAAGUUAAUGAGGAUGAUCUUUCCAGGCGUCUUGCCGAGCUCAAGGCGCGUGGGUAAUUGAGAAACUGAAGAUUCUUCUGUUAAUACGGAAGCUUUGGUAUUGGUGUAACGUGAUAUAGUAUGUGAUGUUUUAUCUGUUGCAUGCUUAAAAUUGAACAACUUUUAUGUACAUUUUACUCUCUUGUGAUUGUGUAGUCAAGUUUCUUUACCAAUUGAGCUUAUGAAAUCUGUAUGUUUGUGUUA